AUGCACCCCGACCCCGUCGACAAUAUAAAUCAUCCAGUGAAAGCGCGACUCAUCUCAAAACUACACAACCAUGAGCAUGUUCUAAGAGAAAUGGUAACGCCGAAUCCGAACAAGAGCCUCAUCAAACUGCAUCUGGGAGACCCAACACUUACUGGAGCUUUACCACCAAGUAAGGUGGCUGUAGAUGCGCUCGUCGAGGCAACGACCUCGCACAUGUUCGACGGAUAUGGUCCAGCUGUUGGUGCUUUAGCAGCUCGCGAAGCUGUUGCCAUCAAGUACAGUCAUCCGGAAGCUCCAAUUAAUGCCGAUGACGUCAUUUUGGCAAGCGGCUGUUCUCAUGCAUUGCAGAUGGCCAUUGAAGGUCUAGCAAAUCCUGGGGACAAUAUUCUUAUCCCACAGCCAGGAUUCCCACUGUAUUCAACGCUGUGCAGGCCACAUGGGAUUGAGGAUCGCGCUUACAAAGUCGACAUGGCGAAUGGCGGUCAAAUUGACCUGGAAUAUCUCGAAACCCUAAUCGAUGACCGCACUCAAGCUCUCAUCGUUAACAAUCCUGGGAAUCCAACCGGAGUGGUUUUUAGCAAAGAACAUCUGCAGGAAAUUUUGGCGGGACUUGUGGCUCUGUCACAAAAAAUCGUUGGGCCGUGUUCUAUCAUCCAAGGAGCUCUGCCGAAAAUCCUCCGAGACACUCCAAACGAGUACUUUGAACACAACCGACGAAUAAUAUCCCGAAACGCUGGCAUAGUGAAUAAAAGUCUAAAAGGGGUUAAAGGGGUGCAUUGCCUCAAACCUCAUGGAGCUAUGUACAUGAUGAUCAGUGUAGAUAAGACACUCUAUGGGGAUGAUAUCCAUUUUUCGUCCAAUCUCAUUCAGGAAGAAUCCGUGUUCUGCCUCCCCGGGACCGCGUUUUCUUCCCCUGGCUGGAUUCGGCUCGUGCUCACCCAAACAGAAGAAAUCUCACAAGAAGCAGCGCUACGAAUCCGAUCCUUCUGUGAGCGACACCUGGAUGAUUUGGCUUUGGCAGAUAUUGGAGAAUCGUCCGAUGAGGGUUGUGACAUAUCAAAUAGCGAGCCAUUUUGA